GGAAAUUGGUAUUUUAUGUUCACCUGGGGGGUGAAUAUUCCUUUUUGUUUUCUAUUUAAAAAUUCCUAACUGCUUUCCAAGUCAGAAUUCACCAGGAUUCGCUGAAGACUUAUUCUUAAAAAGCCUUCGUCACAUUUUAACGCAUCGCUGUCAUACACUUUUAGGGCUCACAUAGAUGAGCUAAGCAGGGAAGAGAAAAACCUAACAUGGAAUAAUGGGUUUCCGAAAGUUCAUUUGAUCAUUUGAAGGAAUUGGAUUUACCUUUGGCACAAUUGCGGAAUGGGGGGUUGGGGAAGUGAAAAAUCAAAGGUUGGAAGGAAAAAUCUGGGAAGGUAGAAAAAGGAAAUUUGAGAAUUGAUUGGCUCCAGUUGCUGUCAGCGGGUGGAUGUCGGUUUUUUUUUUUUUGCUUCUUUUUUUUUCCUUUUUUUUUUCUUCUUCUACAGGAAGUGAUUUGCAGUGCUCACCGAGCCUUUGUUGAGAAGGGUCUCCUCUCAGAGUGAGUCAUGCUUUUGCUGUGAGCAGCCCCAAGCAGCUGGGCUCUCCAUCACAGGCAACUAUGACUUUUGCAAAGCAAACGUUCAACCCCAAGCAGCGGUCUCCCGGGCCGGGGCUGCGCGGCCGCCGCUGUGUUGGCUUUUAACGGUGGGAGUGCGUCGUCCUCUGACUCCGCUCUUCCUCUCCAGAAGGCUGUCCUGGGACCCCAGCUCUUCGUCCCGCUCCGGGGCCAGCGGCUCGCCUGCUAUGCGCGGCAGCCCGCGCGGGGGCCGGCACCAGCAGCGCCCGGGCGGAUGCGGCGAGCCCACGGAGGGGCAUGCUUCCACGCACCAAGUACAACCGCUUCAGGAAUGACUCGGUGACAUCGGUCGAUGACCUUCUGCACAGCCUGUCGGUGAGCGGCAGCGGCGGCGGCGGCGGCGGCAAGGUCUCCGCGGCGCGCGCGACCCCGGAGGCGGCCCCUUAUCUGGUGUCCGGCGAAGCCCUGCGCAAGGCGCCCGACGAUGGGCCCGGCAGCCUGGGCCACCUGCUUCACAAGGUGUCCCACCUGAAACUCUCCAGCUCCGGCCUCCGCGGCCUGUCGUCUGCCGCCCGGGAGCGGGCGGGCGCGCGGCUCUCGGGCAGCUGCAGCGCGCCCAGCCUGGCAGCCCCGGACGGCAGCGCGCCCCCGGCGCCCCGCGCCCCGGCCGUGAGCAUGAGCAGCGCCAAGAAGGGCCGGCCAGGCGACGAGCCGCUGCCCAGGCCCCCCCGGGGGACGCCGCACGCCAACGACCAGGUGUUGGGACCCGGAGUCACCUAUGUCGUCAAGUACUUGGGGUGCAUUGAAGUUCUACGCUCCAUGAGGUCUCUCGACUUCAGCACCAGGACACAGAUUACCAGGGAAGCCAUCAGCCGUGUGUGCGAAGCCGUACCCGGUGCCAAAGGAGCCUUCAAGAAGAGAAAGCCUCCGAGCAAAAUGCUGUCCAGCAUCCUGGGGAAGAGCAACCUCCAGUUUGCAGGGAUGAGCAUCUCCCUGACCAUCUCCACCGCCAGCCUGAACCUGCGGACACCCGACUCCAAACAGAUCAUAGCGAAUCAUCACAUGCAGUCCAUCUCCUUCGCCUCCGGGGGAGAUCCGGUAAGUGUCCUUGGACUUGUUUUCUCUUGUACUUUUGGGGAAUUUCCAAGAAGGGACCCUUCCUUAAAGUGUGCCCCCUCUGAACAAUAAACAAAAAUUAACUGUGAUGCCAACUUCUCCCUCUCAAACAUUGGAAACUCUUCUUGACUAUCAUUUCUUGGGGGUAGGUAGCCUCUGUCAAGGACCUGCUGUUAAUUUUUAUUUCAUAG